GUGUGAUGUUAUUAUUAUUGGAAAGUAAAUCGAUACAAGAGGGUGGUGUUGGGUCCUAUUACAGGAAGUAGCAGCAUUUGGUGUAUGGCAAAGUAAAGUAAAGAUCGAAGAUGCAAUGAAGAAGAAGAUGAAGAGGAACAACACUUCCACUUCUAUUUCAGUUCGGGAGGGCUCAAGCAACGAACCAUCUUCAUCACCUUCAUCACCUUCAUCCUCUGCUCAAUUUCUCUUUCACAAAGACAAUGGGAAUGGAGAACAAACCCUCGUGCCUCUCAACCCCAACCUCAACCUCAACCUCGACGAUGGCUUCUAUGAAAUCGAAACCAUACGACGUAGGAGGAUACGCAAGGGUCAGCUGCAGUACCUAAUCAAAUGGCGUGGAUGGCCUGAGACUGCCAAUACCUGGGAGCCUCUUGAAAAUCUGCAGUCCGUUCCUGAUCUCCUUCGUGCUUUUGAGGAGGACAGUUUUCGCAAGCGCAAGCGCAAGCAUGUCGUUCAUCACGCCAAGAUCAGGAAGCAUCCUCAACGUUCUACCACUUCUUACAGCCUUAGACACUUUCCUACUCACAACCCCCAUUCUCAAACUCCCAGCUUCCCUCACCAUCCUCUUCCUACCACCCUUCCUCAACCCCAACAAACCAAUGAAAAUACCUUUGCAGAUCAUCACCAAAAUGAUUAUGAUCCAAAGCUCUGUGAACUUAAGGCAACAACAAACACUGGCCUUGAGCUAGAUAACCUUGGAUUGCAUUUCCAGCAACUUAAGGUUUCAACUGCCAUUUGUAGUCACCUAGAUUGCGAGGAACCAACUCAAACUGGGCGCUGCAGAGGAGCUAAAAGGAGAAAAUGUGGUCCUGUCAAGAGGUUCAAGAGAGAUACGGGUGUCGGGAAGCCUGUUGAUGAUCAGAAUGCAAUCAGCAUGCCUGUUGGUGCAGUUGAACCAGGCUGCACGAGAACCACUGGUUGUGUGGGGAAUAAUAGUUCUUUGAAGAUGGAUGAUGCUAAAACUGCCUGCAAUAUUGUCAAGAUUUUGAAGCCAAUAGGUUAUUCAUCUUCUUUAUCCGACAACAUGCAGGAUGUUUUAGUGACAUUUAUGGCCAUGAGGUCUGAUGGAACAGAAGUGAUGGUGAAUAACAGAUAUCUCAAGGCAUAUAAUCCACUUCUGCUGAUCAAUUUCUAUGAGUUGCAUCUCCGGUAUUGUCCUACAUUGUAACUGAACAGGGUAAUGAAGGGACUUCCUUAUGUAUAUAGAACUUCCCUUUUUUGUCGCUAAUGAUAACAAUGUAGUUUUGUAGAUGCAGCCGAUCGCAAAGGUAAUACUUUUUGGUUAGUGACGUUGUUUUCAAUGCCUGCCUGCAUGUCUUCGUACUAUGUAUGACAACUAAGUAUUAGACAUGCUCACGCCUAGGAAAUUGUAUUUCAAUAUUUUCAAAAAACCUCUUGUAGUCUAAAUAUUCUACACUCCAUUCUAUCCUCUUGGAGUGAAGAGUGAGACACCAAAAUAGUUAUGGUGGCAAUUAAUUUCAAUUGAAUUUAAGAUAUAUAACAA